AUGGCCCCCAAUCCCAAGGUGGCCGAGGCCAUUGCCCGCGCCGAGAGCAGCACCGACGCAAAGGCGCCCCUCUACGAGUCCCUCCUCGCCGACAUCAAGACGCUGUCCGCGCCCGCCACCGCCAUCGACGAUCUCAACGCCAUCGCCGACUCCUUCUUCCGGCAGUCCCUGGGCGUCGUGUCCACACGCACCGUGCUCGCUGCCUUUAUCGCCACGCUCAAGACGCUGCAAAACGAAGACGUCUGCAUCCAAGUCGGCUCGCACACGCUCGCGCUGCUCGCCGCGCAGCCCUCGUCCUUUUCCGACGCCGCGGCGGAGCUGGGCGAGCUCGUGGCCGGCGCGCACGAGAGCAACGACGACUUUCGGCAGGCCGCGCAGACGCUCGCCGAGAUUCCGCUGGACAGCGCCCAGCGCAAGGUCGACGACGCGGACCGCGCGAGGGUGUGGAUACGCAUCGUCCGCAACUACCUCGAGGUCGAGGACUCGCUCGCGGCCGAGACGUACCUCAACAAGCUCAAAAACAUGAUGCACACGGUGCUGGACCCGGAUCUGACGCUGCACUUUAAGCUAUCGCAGGCGCGCAUCCAAGACGCCAAGCGCGACUUUCUCGGUGCUGCCGGCCGUUACCACGAGAUUAGCUUCUCGCCGGCCAUUGCCGAGGAGGAGCGGCUGCACACGCUCGGCAUGGCCAUCAAGUGCGCCAUUCUCGCGCCUGCGGGCCCGAUGCGCAGCCGCGCUCUCGGUCGCCUCUACAAGGACGACCGCGCGCCGCAGCUCGCCGAGUUUGGCAUACUGGAAAAGAUGUUUCUCGACCGCCUGCUGGCGCCCGACGAGGUGCGCGCGUUUGCCGCCGGACUGCCGCCGCACCAGCUCGCCACCACGGCCGACGGCUCCACGGUGCUGGACCGCGCCGUCGUCGAGCACAACCUGCGCGGCGCCUCACGCCUCUACGACAAUAUCCGCUUCGAGGCUCUCGGCGCGCUGCUCGGACUCGACGCUCCGGCCGCCGAACAGACGACGGCCCGCAUGAUUGAGCAGGGCCGUCUCGUCGGCCGCAUCGACCAGCUCGACGGCAUUGUCUGGUUCGACGGCGGCGAGGCCACGGGGGGCGAAAAGGGCAGCAGCGCCCAUGCCAAGGAGACGGUCGGCAAGCAGACGCGCAAGUGGGACGCCAACGUCGAGAGCCUGGCACAGCAGGUCGAGCAAGUCACCAAUUCGCUGCAAAAGGAGUUUCCGGAUUUUGUUGCUACUCAUCUGGCGGUUUAG